AUGGACAAUGAAGUCGUACGCACGCGCCGAGAGCUAUCUAGCGAUGAAAAAGUGACGGUCAUCCAGCACCUCCACCCCUUCCUCCGCAAGGACAAACUGCAGCGUGGUGCAUACAAGCAUGUCGCCGAGCAACUGAACUUGGACCCCCGCACCGUCGGCUACAUCUGGCGUACGUUCCGCGAUCGCGGCACCACGGCGACCAAAAAAAAGGGAAAGGUUGGACCCAAACGAGCCUACACCGCCGAGUAUGUCCAACAACUCGUGCAAGCGGUCCCAGUCGAUCAACGCUCCACCUUCAGCGACCUUGCCGCAGCCACCCGUCUGUCCCCUGCCACUUUGAACCGUCACCUGAAGAAGGGAACGCUCGAACGACGGUCGACGCGGAUCAAACUUCUGCUAACGGACUCCAACAAGGAAGAACGCAAAUGGUUCAACGCUGACAAAGACCGUCGCAAGGUGUACCUUGUCCCUGGUGAAGCGCCGCCACGGCGCUCGUGGAAGAGCAAGCGCUUCAUUCCCAAGGUCAUGUUCCUUGGCGCUGUUGCUCGGCCACGGAUUAACGGCGACCGGAGUGUUGUGUUCAACGGCAAGAUUGGAAUGUGGCCAUUCGUCCGCCUUGUCCCUGCGUUGCGCAACUCACGUAAUCGUCCAGCUGGGACGAUGGUCACCAAGUUGGUGAAUGUUGAUGCCGCUGUGUACCGUGACUUCGUCAUCAACAAGGUCGUACCUGCCAUCAAGGCGUCGUUCCCCAGCGCCACCAAGCGCGUGCUUUUGCAGCACGACAACGCGACUCCGCACGGGAGCAUCACGGACGCAGUGCUCGAGAGCGUGUCGACUGACGGGUGGACGUUCAAGAUGCGUAAACAACCCUCCAACAGCCCCGACCUGAAUGUCCUGGACUUAGGUUUCUUCGCGUCGAUCCAAAGCCUGCAGUACAAGAAGAUGAGUCGGACGGUGGAUGACGUCGUCCGCAACACCAUGGAGGUAUUCGACGAGCUAACGUACGACAAGCUGGAGAGCGUGUUUCUCACCUUCCAGACAGUGAUGCGUUUGGUCCUCGAGCACAGCGGAGACAGCCACUUCGCCUUGCCACACCUCAAGAAGGCAGCCUUGAGACGUGCUGGUCUCCUGAUGUCGAAUGUGUCCUGCCCUGUGUCGCUGAUUUUGUAG